AGAUGGGGGCUGGAUGGGAACAAGAGGGUAAGGGGUGAGUUUUCCAGAAGUCCAGUAGCGGCGCGUGGCUCCAGACUUCACCAGUUAGCCACGAGCUUUACCACGAGAAGGAGUGCUGCACCUGACGAAGGGCACACGCACACACACGCACUCACACACGCCCACGCAUACACACCCUCGUUCGUACUCACACUCGCGCACGUACAUUAUACUCAGCCGUGUUCCUUUGACCUCCAGCGGUAUGAGGGCCUUGCUCCUGGUGGUGGUGGUGGUGGUGGUGUCUGCAGGAGGCGCUGAAGGAGGAACCUGCCCUAAAUACCCGAUUAUCAGGGACUUUGACUUCCAGAGGUACAUGGGGCUCUGGUACCAGCAGGACAAGAAGCAGGCGUCGUGGGAGGCUCCGGGAAGGUGCUGGAGAAGUCUAUAUUCACGUGACCGGAAGAAUGGACAGUUUAAAAUGAAAAUGAUCUUUGAGUCUACCCUAACUAACCGCGUGGAGAGAUACGACUCCCAGCUCACACUCCAGGGCCCCUCCAAGCCUUCUCUCAUCAAGUAUUCCAUCCCCCUAACCUUCAUGGAGGACGAGUUUCAGGUGCUGGCCACGGACUAUGAGACUUUCGCGCUCGAGUACAAGUGUGACCCCAAUGGCAUCCUGGAAAAGCAAGAAUCAAUUUGGCUGCUGACGAGGGAGAAGACGCCGUCCCCACUGGUGCUCCAACGUGCCUACGCCAUCCUUCACCACCUGGGCAUCGACAUACGCAAGCUGGAGCGCGUGGACCAGACCUGCGGGGGCAUUGACAUUGUUCCCCUUGGCCACGGUGUCUCCUCCCCGGCCUACACCGACUAUGAUUACUACGACAGCAAUGCAGCGCCCGUAGCUCCUCCCGCCGGCCAGCCCUCCCCCUCAGACCUCAGGAGACAGCACCAGGCCGGUUUUUACCACCAGUACGACUACGACUACGAGUACACGGAUAGCCAAACACAGCAGCAGCAGCAGCACGCAGCGGCAGCGGGGCACCUAGCACCGGCGGAGAGUCAGCAGCACCAGCAGGGUCACCCAGACCAGCACCCCGCCAACUUCUUUGCCGUGUCGUAUCCGCCCCACGCCUCAGACACCCAGAAUCACCGCCGCUACCGUCCCUACAGCAGGAAGCAGGUCGGGGCGCGCAGGCACGGUGCCGGCGGGGAUGAAAGACUCACCCUGGGACAGUCCCUCGCCACAAGACUCUGGCAUGUCCUCCACACCCCCAUCAAGAAGUGAGCGCUACCCCUCCACCACCAUCACCACCACCACAACGAUAAUGCGGAGGCCCAACCCCCUUCACCACCAUCACCAGAAUCUCCUCCUCCUUAUCAUCAUUUUCCUCCUCUGUACUCUCUCACCUCUCCGUUAGAACGUUUGCCUUCCUCUUAUAUUAAUGCUGAAGCACCGGGAAGCCUGUUCAGUUAAUCCAUCAGAUCUUCUCUUUUUCCAGAUCUUUGUACAAAUCAUAAUCUACAAAUCUUUUAUUUCCAUUCUUUCUUUCCUUCCCUUUUUUUUCAGUUUAGUUUUUUUUUUUUUUUUUUUUUUUUUUGGCGUAUCCCUCACAUAGCUGAAUUAAACCAAGAGGGACGAGAUGCUCUGAAUCCUGCCCUAGUAAUGUACGGAAUGGUAUAUUCACGAAGGGUCAGUGUCGAGAUUGCAGGGAGGAAAGCGACCAAUAAGAAAAUCAGUAACAAAGACGAGGAGGAGAGAAUACUUUCUAUACACGUAAGCUGCUGCACACGACGCGGGCCCAUGAGUGGUGAAGGAUUUAUGGUACUGGUGAACUAUUGCAUUAGGGUGAUGGGCAAGUAGGUUAAGAAUGUGUGCUGUGUGCUAACUACUCUUCAUCGGUGGAGUGAAGGUAUCUACUUUCCAUUUCACGCCUUGAGGUAAAUGUUCAUCCCACAGUGUACAGGUAGAAGCAGCGUUCCUGACUGUCUUUUUUUAUACUAGGAACCUGCGAGCUCUUCCCCCACCAGUAUUUAGGUCAGGAUGAACGCUCCACUCUCAUACACAACCACCACCAUCACCACCACCACGGCACUCACUGCAGCCACACAGCCUUCCCCCGCCUGUCACCACGUACACUACUACUUCCACACCACCGCCACAGCUCACCACGAACCAAUCACACCCCACAUCAAGAACAACAACACCGCCACAGCUAUCACAUGUCCCCUCUAACACUUAUAGAACCACCACUGGCACCACAACUCCCACCGCCUCCUUGACCGACCACCACCGCCACUACACAUCACAUUGCACUUGCCAGCCACGAGUUGUGAAAAGCAGCGACUCCACCGCGAGGACUAGCUGACUUCCCCAGCACCUCGCCCCGUCCCUCCACUCACCAAAGUACAAAACAUUCCACAUAACACUUGUCGAGGAAGAGUUUUUAAUGUAGUGAAAUGUAGCUUAUGUAUUUUGUUAAUUAAUCUUGGUGUAGCCUGCUCGGUCCUCGCCACGCAUCACCCAUCACAGUAACACAGGUCGUGAAUCAUUUUAGUUGCCACUACAUUAACAGUAGCACUCGCCCAACACACUGCCGAACCAUAGCCAUCCAACACACGCUGACUAAUAUUCUUGUGUCAAAGCACUUAAUUCUUCGUAGUUCUUCCUAAUAUGGUUUAAAAAAUAAACAAAUACAAAUAAACAAAUAUCGUCGACACACGCCGAGGCUCUUCUUUUUUUUUUUUUUUUUUUUUUUCUAACUUACCACGAGUGGUAGCGACGCUGCACCUGUGGCUGUUUCUUGCUGGAAUUCCCUUUAGUUAGUUAAGACAAGUGCACGAGUUAGUUCGAGCACCGGCUAUGCAUUAGGACAGAACACCCGCUGGCUGGGUUACUGUUACUAUUUAUUAUUUAUUUACUGUAUUAGCUUUGUUCCUGUUAUGUUUUGCCCUAUUUAUUAAGAUUUAUGAAACGUGCAUUAGCAAUGUUCCUAAACACAGUUACUUUCUGGCUUUCUUUGUAAACAAGUUGCUUCAGGCUUUGAAGCCAAGAUGCACCAGUGAAUAAAUGGUCUACCAA